CAGCAGCAGGCAGUGACAGUGGCCAGUGCCAGAGUGAGCCUUCGCUUCUCUCCCGUGUGCGAAACGAAAUUCAGUUGGGUGGUAGGUGCUUACGGAAAAUCAUCCUCUAGCAAAGGAUCCUCCCGUGUUUCCGUGUAGUUCGUACUAGUUCGCGGUAUCCGUUGCGGUGCCGGAUGAGUGUGUGGUCCUCCUCAGCGACCUACUACUAGGGGGUUCGUUUUUGUGUGUGAUCCGAAACAACGGCACGAGUGAUUUAUUAGUGUUGUUCGACAGGCUGUUCUGCCACCAAGGAUACUUCUCCCGAAGCGGGGUGGAAGCAACCGAGUGCAAUCGAAAUAAUAACAUUCUUAAGUAAUGUACUGAAAAAAAAAAAAAUGUUGAAAAUGUUAAAAAUAAAACGCGAGUGAGCCUGUGCUUGAAAACACAAAACAAGGCGAGAAGUGCGAAAAUCGAUUUCAUCCUUUGCACGAACGGCCAAGGACCGCUCGCUCGUCCGUGGCUCAGCCCUUCUCGAAGCAAAAAUAAUAAAAAACGAAGAAGGAAAUUCUGUGUUAAUUGUUGAAUGGGCAAUAUAUUUAUUCGCCACAGUGAACUUUCGCGAUUGGGGCUCAGUUCCAAAGUUUCGCCCGAUGGGUGGUGAUUAAGUGGAAACGAAAAUCGAGUGAAGUAAGCAAAGGGUGGGUGAGUGUGUGUGUGUUGAUUGUCAGCCGACAGACGCGUGCCCUUUUCCUGGAUUUACACUGGCUUAAUUGGAGUUUGAGCACGUGAAACAUCAAUUCCGAACAGGCAAUGGGAGAAAGCGAAGGCAUAAAAACAAAUACGAUUGAAAACAGCUUGGGGAAGGCGUCGAUGUAUUUUUAAUAACAUUCGUCUGAGUUCGUCAACGUUGGGUCCCACGAAGGACACCGAUUCAAGUGGGCAACAAUAAUGAGAACCAGUUCCCUUCAAAAGGUGGUAAAACUGAUUGCGUGAGGUAAACAAUUAAAGAACAUUCUGACCCGGUCCUGGUAAUCUGUGUUGAAGGACUUCAAGUGAAAAGUUGAAUUGAUUUGGCGAUUCCCGAAGUCGCAAAGGUCAACGGUGCCGUGUGAGCGUGGGCUACAAUCAAAUCAUCAUUCGGAUUUCUGUACACCAACCGGUCAUUAUCCGUUUAACGACGUAAAAAGUGUUCUCUGUUGUGACCGUAGGAUUUGUGAAUGUGAAACCGGCUUAUCGGGGAAAAAAGACCAACUUGUUUUCUUGUUUUUUUUUUUUUGCCAUCAUCCUGGGUCCACGCCAUCAUCGACCAAUAAGUCAAAGGCGGCAAAUUGAGAAAUUUAUACCGCCCGUCGUGAAAAACAUCGUGAAUCCAUCCCAACACUGCAGGGAGAAAACGAAAAAAAAAAAUUCGAAUUCCAUGACCUAGCUGUUUCCCAUCUUUUCUGUUUUGUGAUUCCCUUGCCGGUCAACGGCAACCCAACGGCGCCUGGGAAAAUGAAAAGUGUGCCAAGCAAGCGGCAAGCGAAGUAGGCAAAACGGAGAGAAGAAAAAAAAAGUGAAAGCCCCUAACCUCAGUUGUGCCGUAAAUUGAUGCUGUUUAGUGCGCGCGGUGGAAUUUCCAAUUUUAUGACGCUGGGUGUCGCAGCACAACCGCUCUAGUGGUGUCGCAUUCCGACAGUGUCCGGAUUCCGACAGAGUAUCCUGUGACAACAUCAACAACAACAACAACAAGAAAAUUUGCUCGGCUUGUGUUACGCAUCGAUGGGACGGUGUUGGUUGUUUUUUCGCCUUCGUUUUACGCGGUAUUCAGAGCGAUAAACGAAAAUAAAAAAAUAAAAAGAAGGGCGAAUAAGUAUUCGAAAAAGUAAGAUAAAAUAUCGACGGGUAGCGGAAAAAUUGACAUCAUUUUGUCACCGAGAGAUACAGGGGGUGGCAGAAAAAAAACUCGCUUACCAGUGGACCAGAGGAUUUGAGGUUUCCGGUAGACGGUGCACUUCUAACGAGUCUCGUUUCAUCAGCAUUCCAGAGAAACCGCGAGUGAGUGUGUGUGUGUGGGGAAACGUAAAAACGGACGGAUAAAUUCUUCAAACGGAAUUCCUUUUUUCCGGUAAUAGAGAUAUUAAAAACUUUCCUCUUUUUUCCGACAUCACUGACCGGACCACUGCGCACUGGUGCAAACUGGAUCACAAUGGCAAUUGAUUUAAAUGGUAUAAUGAAAAUUAGCUGAAUGAGGAUACUGCUAGCCUCUACCGGAAGCAAGCGGCGGUCAUCCGAGGUAGGAUUGGUGCAAAAGUGACAGUGAAAAGUUUUUCCACUCUGGUGCCUAACCGCAAAGGACAUUACACACACACACACACACACAUGCACGCUGUGGGUCCCUGAGAGCGCCUCGCCGGUCAGAACUCCGUGAACGGUGUGCUAGCGAUGGCAUAAUGAAACCGGCACCGUGGGUCGUCCAUCCGUCGCGAUAGUAUGUCCGCCAGCUGUCCGAACUAAUUUUCCCACGGCGGUUUGUCACUGUGUCGGUUCGGUAGGUGGUGGGAGUUCCGGAGAUAACCGGGAAAGUUUUUCUCACAUAAACCGUUUUCUAGCUCGGAUAGAGCCGUGGGUUGAUAGUGGAAUAAUGUGAUAAUAGUCGAAAAGGAAAAGUUUCACCAGUGUGCUCCGAUAAAGAUUGACGAAGCAGAGAAAAGCGUGUGACACUGCCGUACGGACUAGUUGUGUGCGGGGUGGGGAAGUAAAGUGGAUAGUUAGCUGAGAGUUUCAAGAAACGUUAGUUCCGAAACCGAACCGCGUGUGGCGUGACGCGGUGCAAUGUGGUACUAAAACAAGACCGUCAAUUGUCAGACGCGUAGAUUUCAAUUAAACCAACGAACGAGAGUUUCAACGACCGACCGGCCGAGGCCGACCUCGUUACCAUCAUGCCUGCCAUGAUGAUGGAGCUGAAACUGAUUAUCCUUUGUUUGCCGUCGAUUCUGCUAGCCACCACCCUUGAAUCAGAUAACAAAUCAAUACUUGCCAACACGGACUGGAAGAAACUAUGGCAGGAAACGGGUCUACUCGGAAGCAGUGGCGGAGGUGGUGGUGGUGGAACUACAGGUGGCAGUGGAGGAACGAGUAACGGUGGAGCUGCUGGGCUAACUGUCGGAAUUGGGACCAUCAGUACCGGCAUUGGCAGCCCUCGCCUAGACAAUCACCUCGACAGCAGCGAUUCGACGUUGCUCGAUGACGGCGAGGUGAUGGCGCACAACACAACCGUCCAGCUCGGAGGCGUCGCGUUCCUGGUCUGCAAGGUGGCAGGCGUGGACAGAGUGGGUGUACAUUGGAACCAAAUCUCGUGGAUCCGACGGCGGGACUGGCACAUUCUGUCUUCCGGAGCGCAAAUGUACACCAACGAUGAACGAUUCGCGAUCCUCCACACGCCCGGUUCCAACACGUGGACGCUGCAGAUCAAGUUCGUGCAGCGGCGGGAUCACGGUACCUACGAGUGUCAGGUAUCAACACCGACCGGUGUAAUUUCCCAUUUCGUGAAUCUGCAAGUGGUGGUACCCGAAGCGUUCAUUCUCGGUUCCGGUGAGCUGCACGUGGAUAUGGGAUCAACAAUCAAUUUAGUUUGCAUAAUUGAGAAGAGCCCACAGCCACCCCAGUAUGUGUACUGGCAACGGAACGACCGGAUGAUAAACUACGACGAUUCGCGGCGGGAUAUCUCCAUCGAAACGGUGCCCGGUCCGCGAACGCAGAGUCGCCUCAUCAUCCGGGAGCCGCAGAUCAACGAUUCCGGCAACUACACCUGCUCGGCCAGCAACACCGAGCCCGCCAGUAUAUACGUGUUCGUGUCCAAAGGUGACAAUACCGCGGCGAUAUCGCGUCGAAAAACCAGUGGCGCCGGUGCUACGAUUGCGGUUACCACGCACCUUUCCUCGCUGUUGCUGGACUGUCUGUUCGUCGUCCCCGGUGUGAUAGCAUCCUUCCUGCUGACGAUCAGGUACCAGGCCUGAACGUGAGCCAACGAUCCCCGAAGACACGUCCGGUCUCAAUUAUCUGCAACGGUAGAGCUAGCUAGUGAGUAAGUGAACCAUGGGGCGACACGAACCGGAAUGGUGGAGACGGAUGCGAAAGAGGGACCGAGGGAUUCAUCGAUCGUAAUUGAGAGCAGCACAUGUCCGUCAUUCUUUGUGUAUUUUCCUAAACGACUUCGUUUACCCGGGUACGACCUAAUGACGGUGUGGAUCAACAAAAUCACUUGUUGUUUCUCCACCUCACCAAGUUGGUGCUCGGCGUUACAGAGAAUGUGUUGCACGGGAACUGAAUAGCGUUUUUUUUUAUAACCGAGCGGAAAUUAACUUUGAAACUGCUCCACGGACCCUUCCAUAUAAAGUUAGGGGAAAAUUCUGUGUACAUUAUCGUUCAGAUUCUUACUUGAGGAAUUUAUAUACUCAAAAAUACACAGAACAACGCAUACCAGGAUAAAUUAGAUUAGCAUAGUUGAAACCCACUAAAUUCACUAAGGGAAUUUGUAGAAAAACCAAACUGUAAAAAGUCACCGUUAGCCAUCAGGAAUGGAACAGUAAUGGCUGCGAGCGAGUUUUGUAAAUAUUUCAAUCUUCAACGAUUCCAUCAUGAACAAAAGAACAAACACAGCUUAAAAAAGAAGUCGACAUUUAUAACGUGUACAGUUCGAAAUUGAUGAAUAGACGAAGCAAGCGUGAGUCAGCCAAAAUGAAGCAAACAAUAAAAAGUUCAGAGCUUAAAAUUUAAUAGCAAGUGCAUUCGAUGGUCGAAUAAAACGAAAUCACGAAACAGAACUACUACAACAAAAAAAAAGAAACUUACAAAUCAACCCUGGAUCGUUUUGCAAUCAACCGCAACCGAUCAGGAUUGCAUGAGCGAGAACAAAGCAUAGCCUAACUAACUGCAAUGUGAACCGCGUGGAAAAAAUACACACACUCUCUCUCUCUCCAAUCGUUUUUAGUAGGGAAGGGUUGGCUACCGUAAAUUUGCUUCCGUUCGGACAAAAUUAACAAAGCCCAGAAACAAAAACUACGACGAACGGUCACGCAUGUGUUGCCCCAUGACUUAGGAGCAAAAAAAACUGCGAGUGGAGGAAAACGGAAGUGGUCACGUUAAAAAUGCAUUUAUCCCCAUUCGAUUGGAGGUCAUCACUGGGAAAUUGUGUCGAUAGUUGAACGCGAAAGAGAAGGUUAGGGAAGAGGGGAUCAAAAUCUCGCAAAUGGUUUUUUCAUUGAUCGGUUAUUGGGUAAAAUGCAGUGAUUCGAAUGAAAAGUGUACCGGAAUAGAUGGAUUUUCAGUUGACAGGCAGAAUCGGUUGUUCAAUUAAAUCGGCCUGAUUUUAUCGGUUGUCACUGGAAUCGUAAACUGGACGAAGAUUGACGGUUAUUCUAUGCGGAAACUUUCGUAUAAAUUAUCGGCUGUUUCCAAAUUGACAGUUUAGACCAACUAGCAGUUUACCUUAGUAGGAACGGUUUGAAAGCGAUAGAAAAAAAAUUAUACUCAUAGCCAGGACAAGAACCAACAAAGCUGAUCCAAUAUGUGGAACCGCUCUGCCCGUUGAGUCGCUCAGAAAAUGUGGGAAAACAAAAUUCAUAAAUGAAUAUUCUCAGAAUAUUCGAUUAAACAUUACUCCGUACACCUGCACUGUGUUCGGUAGUUUGUUUCUUUAGUUUCUGACGCUAAACUAACCUGUUACUGAUUUAUAAGACUAGUCCCUUAUCUUCCUAACUUUCUGCUCAGACUCAGAGUGAUCUGAAACAAAUUUACUCACGUGACGGUUAUGACCUCCGUGAAUCGAUUUGGUUUUGAUAACACGGUUUAUACUUUUCAGAACAUCAAAGUCCAUAUCAUACACCUAACCGACUUCAAAAGCAACCGAAUGUGCUGCUCCUGAAACUGCCGAAUCAUGUAAUAAUCAUAAAAUAUGCUACGGUGAAUCAACACAAAGUUUUUCUAUCCGACUUCGUUGCCGCUAGUUGGAAUUUAACUACGCCGUAGAAUCGUUGCUUUGGGUACACCGAGCAAAUCGAGUAAACCUAGACAGGAUACACUCAUGGUUUGCAAUCUUUGGACCCUGAACCGAUAAUAAAAUCCGUCGGUGGUGAACCAUAAUCUGUGGAUACAACUAAAAGAUUACAGCAAUAAUUUCGGGGAAACACCGGCAAAGAACCGUAAAACAAAAGACAAAUAAAUUUUCAUUUUUUUUAGAUUUACAUUUGUUUCUUUUCGCGUUUUGUCUUCAGCUUAUCAAUGCGUUAGCAGUCUAUAUUAAACUGCUAAUGAUACUCAGCAGUUCAAUAUGAACCGUUUAACGCUUCAAUAUAAACCUCUAAUACUAUUUGCAAAACAUAUUGUGUUACUUCUUUGAAGUUCAAUGUCUAAACUGACAUCUCGGGCGGAAAAAAGUUUCCUCGAAUUAAAGACGAUAACAAAUCAACAUCAUAGUAAUAGGUAAUUUUACUACCAUUGAUUAUUUUGCUAUAAUUUAAGUAUUAAAAUGGUUAAAUAAUGAUUCGAUUUGGUUUAUUGGCUUGCAGUGAUGGCAUUUCACCAGAAUGAUACACCAGUGCGUAAGUUUCAUUUCUACACUGCUGAUGCAUUCGAUGAGUUCCACACAAAAAAGUAAGCGCCCUCUUCUCAGUGUCCAUUAGACAGACCUUGAAAGUGUGCUUGUGUUGAAAGAAGCUGGUGCGAGAGAACCAUAUUCUCUUCGCAUGAAUCGCUCUCACGUGCUCUCGCCUGAAUACACCCAAGUGAUCCCUGGCGCGUGAUGGUGAGCAAACACUUCUGUGAACUUUAAUCAAUAGAGAGUAGAUCUAACCUUGCUAUGAAAAACUUUGCUGAUUUUGCAUGUCCCAUGCUUUUUCCAAGUAAACCAUACAGCAGAAUGCUCACCGGCGUGUACACCUCUGUGAAAAUAUCUGCAUCCACCUUAGAGUAUUUGAUAGCUCUGUUCUAGCACUUUGGUGCAAUUCAGUGCUAGAGGUAAAGAAAAUAAACACGCGCACUCACAAUGCGUGCACACUCUAUACAACAGUGGUGAAAAGUACUUGUUAUUCACAAGUCACUUGUUUGCAGCUCGCACAGAUAAAAAUAUUUUGUGAAUUUACAUCUAUUUUCAUGUACAUAUUUGGAGCAGGUAAUUAAACAUAAAAUUACUUUAAAAUUCUGUACGUUUCAAUACAAUUUAAUUUCAAAAUAAGCGUUAAUUGAAAGAUACAGUUAUAUUCAUUGAAAAUUCAAUGCAAUUCAAUUUAGUUUUGCAUCGAUGAAGGUUUUCAAUCAAAAUUUCGAUUCAACCCAUGUCUAUUCCAUGUCACUAUUGAUUUACAUCUCGUGUAAAUUUCAUUAUUUCUUUCUGUGCGGGUUUGGGGUUCAAUGCAUACGGCGCUGGACUUGCAAGCCAGUUGUCAUAUGUUCGAGCCCCGACCUGGAAGGAUUCAUAGUGUCAGUAGGAUCGUAGUAUCGACUGCGAAGUCUGUUGAAACAGAAAGGCCAAAUUCCACAAAAGGAAUGUAAUGCCAAGACUUUGCUUUGAAUUUGCUUUGUUUGCACUGAAAUACAAGGUCUUGUUUGUUUGUUUUUCUAAACAAACUGAUGUUUUUCUUGAAGGCGCAUCAAGCAGUUCAAAUCAGCAAACUGCUGUAACAUUUUCCAACAAUGACAGUUUUCCUGACAUUGUAAGUAUCAUCGAAAUUUAGAGCAGAUUUUUUCUUCUUCUUGGCGUCAUAACUCUCAAGGGAAAUUUAUAUACGAUCCGAUCCGUUCAAAAGCUUUUUUUCUGUUUAUUAAUAUAAUCUUAAGGCACAGUGCGAUAGCUAUAAGAUGUCGUAGACAUUUAUUUAAUUCCUUUGAACUAAGAUGAUUUAAAUAAACGUUACAUUGUCGGAUUAGUGUCGCGGUGAUCUACUCUGGGAGAUCUAUCAUGUGGUCAGCAGUGACUUCUGGGUUGGAACGCCGCAUCCGGGUGGAUCUGCAAGAAAUAUUCCCUCAUAUUUAAUUAUUAUCUAUGAUCGAUAUUUCUAGAGUUUCUGAAAUGGCUUUGGAAGCCGAUGUAGUCUUAGGACUUUCAUUGAAAAUGAUACUGAGAGCCUAUCCCUUAGAGUCCUAAUAAAGAGAUCGGUAAUUUGAUCCAUAUAAAACAGUUAAGGGACAUGAACCAUGUAUAUCAAAAAAACUUUCUUAGCGUCCCCCUUCGCAUACUUUCGAAGACAUCAUCAAAUGCAAAGCAACCUAAGUGGCAAAGAGGCACAUUGAAUCUCGAAUGUCUUUACCGCGUGAACGAAGGUAAGGAAAUGGGUCAGUAGUCGUUUAUAGCUGUGAACGUUUACUUUCUUGACCGCAUGAGUAGGAUUAAAGAUUUUACCACACUGUGCAAAGCAUAAUAACCCGAAUGAUCAUGCAGAAUGGCUUACAGAGUGUGUCUUACCAAAUAAACGAUUUGAAGAUUUGGUAUCAAGCGAAAGCGACAAUAGAUGUUGUGUCUUCGAGACAAUUGUUGUUGCACACUAAUAUCAUCGAUUGACAAAUAAGAGUAGCUUAGGAAAACGUAUUGGAAGUUAAUACAAUUCCAACUCAAACUCAAAAUCUCAGUAUGAUAGCCACCAUUACCGGUCGUAACUAUCUCAAUCGUUUGCUGGGAAGAAUAAGGGUUAGGAUGAGAGGAAAUGCUGAUGCUUUACUACCCGAAAGAACGACCACUUGUCUCUUCCAUGGAGUUGAAGAUUUGGAUUGGUAUGAGGUCUAGAAUUCGCUGUAUGCUGGCGAAUCGACCAUAUGAUAAAAUUCAACCGGAAAUGAAAAGUGGUUUUUUUUCCUAAAAGUUGUUGCAUUUUUAGGUAAAAACCCACUUUUCGUGGAAUAAAAAGUAGAAAAAUCUUACCGACUGCUCCAUUUCUGUCAAAUCUGAACUCCAUUCUCCAAGAUCACAAGUUCUCUGUAAUCGCCAUCUUGACACAAUGUAUAAUAAUGUCGUUUUUGCUUGAGAAAACUGAAGUGAUGAAACCCAGGAUAGUUUCAUCAAACGAACACUUUUCACGAAACUUUGUAAGGUUCGCACUUUGCAACGGGGGUUUGAGUAAACCUGAUAUAAAAACCAGGUUCGAAAAUGACUCGAUUUUCAGUUCAACAACGUUGUAACUCGGUUCGAAACUAGCUUCAAACAAACGGUUUGACAGCAGUUAGGGUGGAAACUGGGUUAGGUUUGGAAUCAAGCGAAAACGACAUAAGUUACUCUAAUUGAAUCUCUUUAUAAUUGCAACAUAGUAUGGUAAUUGCUUCUUCAAAAAACACGAAUAGUGAAUAAAAAAACACCCAUGCAAAAGAAUAUAAAAAAAAUCAAUUCUGCUUAGCAUAGAAUCACCACACAACUACUAUACUAAAGACUUCACUUAUUAAAUUUUCUACUGAAACGAGCAAAAGUAAAAUAUUUAACAAAUGUGGACGGGAGCGAAAAUUGUUCGCGUUCGACGCGCACGCCUGCUGCGAUUUUCUUUUCAUUUGCUAGCCCUUCUCUGGUAAGCAUCGACAAAUUGGUGCCAAAUUCCGAGAGUUCAAUCGACGACACGACCUGCCACUCGACUUAACUACCCCUCAGCAUAGUGGUUUUCAGCUGGACAUAGAAUGCGACGGAAUCGUCGCAGGAUUGCGAAAUAAUGAGCGUCAGAACCACUGAUGCCAAGUUUGCAGAUUGGUAUGUAAAUUUGCAAUUUCGUUUGUUAGUAGACUUUGCAAUUAAGCCGACUUUUUUGCAGAUUUUCGAAAUUUUUAUAAACAAUCGUCCAUUUUAAUGACUUUUGCUAUUACUGUAGGGUUUUCGUUUGGUUUUUUCGUCAUACUUCUAAAUAUUGAGGUCGCAUAGGACCAUUUCUAAUACGCAGACGCCUAAAAUUUCACCUGGCAUCGCUGCCAGAAAAUUGGACAGUUGUUUUAACCCCUUCGCUGUCUGUUGUAUUGAAAGUAACUAGCAUUAGAGCCAAAAGAAAAAUUUAUCGGCUGUUGGGUUGAGGCCAAUUGUAUUUUCUACUGGUAAAUUCCUUAGCGACAAUUGUUAUUUCAUUGUUCAUCGAAAGCAUCAACAAAUGUCUAUCUGUCAAAGACGACCGACUUUUUAGAGUAGACAAAUAGCACAAUCGAUUAAAGCACGAGGUUUUGAAAACCAAGGCGUCGAUUAAUACAAAAUAUAAAUGGGGAAAAGGGAACAUACUAAGCACAAAAUAACCAUUAUGUACGAUUCAGACGAUCCGUCUUCUUUUGUCACAGUCAAUCUCCGUCACCGGCACCGUCAACAUUAAUUGCAUGCAUUCUUAUGGAGCCAUUCACACGUAACGUCACCGUCACGGAACGUCUUGACAGACGGAGCGUGUGAACGUUCCGGUAAAAAAAGUAUUACACUAAUUUUGACGGAAGCUGAAGUUCCGGUGACGGUGACGGAAGGAGGCGGAUCGUCUGAAUCGUACAUUAUGUGAAAUAGCACACGCUUAAAAAAUCCGUGCAAGUUGUAGCCGUAAUCUGCCACAUACGCAUUAUCAAUAUGAAUUCAUUAUGACUGAAGUUUUCUUAAUAGUAAAUAAAAAAUUAGUCAUUGUAACGGUCAAUUCAAAAUAUAUUUUUUUUCUGGCUUGUGGUAUCGAAGGGGUUGAAUCGAUGCGAAUGACAGUUUCGCUAUCUUUGCGGCAUUUUGUCGCAAUUUUAUCGCAUCGCAAUCUUUUCUAGCCGACAGUGAAAAUCACUAUAACUGGUAAUGUCAAAACGAAAUCGCUUGAGAAAAUGUUGGAACUGUCAACACAAGUUGGUAAAUUAUUGAUUUUGAAAAACAGUUACCAGUAGCCUUGGUAACUACAUAUGGAAUGUAAACAAAAACAAGAGAUUCUCACUUAAAACGAAACCACUGAGUGUAGUUGGCCCGCUUGCAGGUAUGAAAUUUAUUCUUUCAGAGAGUUUUGAGUCAAUUUUACUCAAUUUUGAUUUAAUUUGUAUCUUUAUUUUUAAGAACUGAAAAAAUUUUGUCGCUGUCACGGGGUGGAAAGCUCUAAUCAAUUCAUAUUUGUUAGUAUAGUUAUUGUCGGGUAGUACUGAAAGAUUUGCCUAUGGGUACACUUACAGCGCACAACUGUGUUUGGAGAGAGAAUUUGAAAAUAAAUAAUGCGAAUUUGAAACAUAAAAUAAUUGUUUCAUGCGACUAUCGUAAAUAAUGUUUUCUUGAAAAAAGUUUACUCGUAGGAAAAGGGCAUACAAACAAAGAUAUGUAACAUGAUCUUGAAAAAAUUGUAUGUUUUUUUCUGACAAUACCAGAAUGAAAAUAAAUAUUAAAAAGUAAAAGUUAUUAAAUCAUAAAAUAUAUAUUAUUUAAAUAAUUCAAGAAUAUCUCCAAAUUUUUUAUUGACGCUAGCGUCUUCGUGAAGUGGAAAGUAUUUUUCACUUCAAUUUAUUCUUUAUUUCAUUCGAUAUUCAGUGGACAUAUCUUACGAUCGUUUUUCAUUUGCUUCUGUAUCUGUAUUAAAUAUAAAUAAAUAUUAAAUCGAUUUGCGGAUAUGAUUGCAUCUUUUCAAUAUUAACGACUGUAUAAUAUUUACAGCAGACUCUGAAAAAGAUAAUGGUAAUGACAAUAAUUACUAUGAGAAAAAGUGUAUAUCUUACCAUGGAAGACUUAGCGAAUUAAUUUGAUUUCCACUAAAAUCUGGAAUUUCAAUUUCUCCGUUUUCGAUCGCCUGUCGUUCUUGUUGCUUUAUUAAAUUGAGUGCAUCCUUACGAUUUAAACUAUAAUUGCUCAUGAAAAUACGGAUGACCCAUUCCCAUAUCAGAACUGUAUCAAUAAAUUCCGCAAACUACAAAGAUAUGAAAAAUAUACAAUAUUACUUUAUUUAUGCCCUUCUUACCUCCCCUUUUUGUUGUACUGGGGCAAUUUUUUCUUCCAGGAAAAAAAGAUACAAAAAUUCAAAUCGGUGGAAUUUUUCCACAACAAUUUCAAACUGUUUGUUUAUUUAUUCUGGUGCUCCUUGGUAACUAGUUCAUAGCAACUUAAACAGUGUUGCUCGAAUAGUUAGUUUUAGUCAUUUUCAAGGGGUCGCUAUAUUUAUGGUGACUGGUGGUAAUUCGCUCACGAACACUUUUAUUCCGAUUUUUCUUCGGAGUUUCUGGUCGUGUCGUAGGUUCAAUAUUUCGAUCAGAAGUUAUGGUAGAUGGUAGACACUUUUCGGGAGUUGUUUGGUUAACCCAAUUGUUUCUGUUGUAAUGUGAACAUGCCAUGAUGCCUACAGGACAAUGCAAUAUUCAAACGAGGGCAACUUAUUAUUAUGUUGAAAAUCAGCAUGUUAUUAGUAUUACAAACAACAAAUUUUGUUGAGGAUUCGAUGCGAAACCCGGCACCGCGUGCUGUUAACCGGGAAUAAGCCAAAUUGAAAUGGUAUACGGUAUAGCCUUUACUGAGUUUUACUUGAUUCAAACAAUGAUCUUCGACAAGUCAUAAAGCCCGUCAGUCAUAGUUUAUUGUGAUCCGUUACAAAGUAGACUUGUAUCGAGGUGACACAUACUCAUACUGUGCAUAAAAAAGGACUUUUGCGGAUGAUUGAAAACAAACUUUCCUAAAAAAACAUUCUAAAUAGUCUUUAUCAUUCAUAAUUAUCUGAUAAACAUUUGUUCCCAUGAAUUGUGAUAUUUCAUCAAAAAACACUUUUUGUUUCGAGUCCUGGCCUACUAUGCCACGCAUACACGACGACUUGAUUACAGUUCGGUCCCUCAACGUGUUACCAUUUUUCCCCGGUUUUUUUCGCUUCCGUGAACUUUCCAUUACGUAAAUGAUUAAAUGUACACUAAUUAAACGAGCAUUUCUUCAUACUACGGCAACAUGACCCCUGUGAUGAGAGUACAUGAAUAAUAAACGAAUAUUUAAUUUCCCGUUGCCCAACAAUUCACUAUUUUAUAGAGAUUGCGCUGGUCACGUACACAUACACGCACACGGCUCAAGCCCGUCAACACGCAAACAAAUGCGUGAGCUUGUGUUUCUUCAAUUGCUGAAAAUUAAAAUGGACAAACAAACAGUGCAGCACAGCGCGAAACGCGGUGCCGUAGUGUAAACAGCGGGACAACAACAAAAAAUAACGAACAGUUCGGAGUAUUUCCGAAAUGGAAUUGGAAAAUUGUGUUCGAUGAUUCCCAUGUAGCGCGGAACAUAUAUCAGAACUUCAGAUCAGGAUUUCGGGUAAAAAUUUUCGCUAUCGGUUGUGUCGCGAUAAUUACGUAACUAAUGGCAAAUAGCAAAAUUUUCACCGAAUGAAAUACGACAAAAAAAAUACCGAAUUCAACUCCGAACAUGGGGGAAAUGAUGAUGAAUAUUUUUGUUUUUCUUUCUGGAGUGUUGACAAAUAUAAAUAAGUAAAAAGGGAUGGUCAUUCUGUGGGCGCCUGAUUACCCGAUUCAUGAUCAAACCGGAUGUAUCCGAUUUGCAUAAUUAAUAGCUGGUUAAUUAUGCGAUAUGCUGUGAAUGUGGGAACGAACCCUUCCGUACGAAUUGGAUGCAGCGUCACCAUCAUCAUCAUCAUCAUCACGACCAUGAUGAAGUAGCCGGCCUCCACUCAUGUGAUUUGAAUCAUCAUAUUUCAUAAGCUAGUCAACGCGUCAAUAUAGACUCCACUCGAUUGAAAUGAGUAGUAUAAUAAAGUUAGAAAUUUAAUCCUCCAGGACCCGAAAUCGGUUCGUUUCAAUGACUUAAAUAUCUUGAAUACAUGAGCAAUUUUUCAACAGCCGAUUGGAACCGAAUCGCGCGGCAAAGGGUCGGAUAGUUACGGCUGUGAUAAACGAUAAUUAACAUACCAACCGAAAUGAUUCAACAAAUUAAUCGGAUUGAAACGCAUUGUUAUCAUUUGCCACAUGAAACCACUAUUAAAUAAGGUGGGAUUCCACGGGAACUUCAUUUAUUGAAUUUAUUAACGAGGCUUCAAAUAUGAUACUGUCCAUCACUUAUCGAGGCUUGGAAUCAUUGGAAUUAAAUUUAAUUCCCUGGUGACCGUCGGCAUUUUGCAUGCCCCUUUUCCGAGUGGACGAGCUUUAAUUGAGACAGAUUUUUUCAUUGCAUUCCCAAAUGCAUUAAAAUUAUUUCCGAUGGGUUGAUUGUGGCAGCCAUCAACACUGCGGUAACGAAAACUCUCACUUUUCAUUUCUACACGAGAUGAUUUUGUAGGAAUUAUUGUGUAUAGAACUAAUAUUUGAGAAAAAAAACAUGUUUUCCCCAUUUCGUCUAUGACUCAUCAGUGCACUAGCAGUCCAAAUUAAAUCGUCAUAGGUACUUAGCAGUUCACCUUAAACAGUUAAAACUUCGUGUAUUUAUGUGCCUUUUCAAAAUUCUCUUUGUACAAGCAGAGAUGUCCUUCUCCUCUGUGUGGCGAAGAGCAAGUGUUAUUGCUCUCCUCGCACUGACACAACAUCAACCUUACUGACACAAGCUCUUUUCUUUUACUCAUAUGAACCACUGUUCUACACAGUGUGCACGCAUCAUGAGUGUUAAUUUUCUUUGCCUCUAGCACCGUAUCACACCAAAAUGCUAGAGCAGAACUCUCAAAUUCUCUGAGGCGGACGCAGAUAUUUUCACCUGAGUGUACAAGUAGUGAAACUUUUGAUUUACAUUUCGCGCGGAAACCUUAUUCGUCGAAUUUUUAUUUCUAGGUUGGUAUGAGUGUCAGUGACAUCUGUGCCAAGUGUCACGUCAAAAUAAUCAAUAAGUACGUCUGUCAUUCUGAAGUUUUAAAAGGGUAAUUUUUACAAUCAAUGGUAUUUUUCAACAAAGAAGUUCCAUUAAAUUUUGUGGAGGGAAUCAAAUUUCUGGUGUCGAAACGUUCAGAAUGUUAGCAAAGGCCCUAGGUGGUAAUUGUACGUCGCGAGUACUUGUGCCAAGUUGUUCAAAAAGGGGCAAGAACGCGUUACAUCGAAACAAGUCAAAAAUCAAGGUAAUGUUGACAGUUUUGAUUAUCGAGGUGUGGUGCACUCCGAAUUUCUUCCGACCGAUUAAACUGUCAACAAGGAUUUGUUAUGCGUCAUUUGGGCGAAGUUAUUCGUAAAAAGAAGCUGGAAUUAUGGGCCGGCAACGCUUGGUUUUUGCACCGUAGCAUACUACAAAAAUUCAACCAAUAUCGUUUCGCAACCACCGUGCUCGCCUGAUUUAGCUCCAUGUGAUUUCUGGCUAUUCAACAAACUCAAACGACCGCUCGGGGGAAAUCAUUUUGAGUAAAUUGAAGACAUCAAACGAUAACGAAUCGAUACGCGCAUUGAAGGCUAUUUCGGAAAUUGACUUUAACAACUGUUUCAAAAAUUGAAAAAAAUUAACGUUGGCACAAGUAUAUUGGGUCCGGAAGGGAUUACUUCGAGGGGGACGAAAUAGAUUUGAAAGAACAAAUAAAAAAUUGUGAAAUUGUGAACAAAGUCUUACUAUUUUUUUGCUCACAGUAGUAUCUCUUGUGGUGUUUAACGCAGCAACAUAUUUUUUUCUCCAUACCAUCGACCAUAUGUUUAAGCAAUUUAUGAUAAAAUUUUUCGUAGUAUGAGAUAUCCAUAAAUAGCUCAAAAUUGAAGUUUUGUAAAAUGCUUGGAAUUAACAAGCAUUAAGAGCUGAGGCCAGUGUGUUUUAGCCCUCUAUAUUUUCACGCUUCAAAUCUGAUUUUCUCAGAAACGGUGACGAAUAUCAAGAAACCCAACUGACAAUCUCUUAGAAAAUUAGUUUAGAUUAUUCUGUGAAAAUUUCAGAACGAUUCAUUGACUUUAGCGGUCGGCAAAGUCUUUUUUUCUGAAGGAAGAAUUGCUAAGCUGAAAACGCCGUCUUUCUACUUGUUCAUUGAAUAUCUCACCUUUGAAGCAUGGAUCAAAAAUCCAUCCUGACAAUGUCUAGAUAAUUUAAUUCAGAUGCGAUGAGUGCAUAAAAACAUAUAUGUUGUCGUGAUAAAAACGAAGUGAAUGUUAUUUUUGUGAAGGUAAGACGAUUUCUAUAGACGCGCCAUUUUUUCUGCUAAAGUUCCCUGGUAACGUAACGAAACAUGAGAGAGAAAUAAAAUCGGCUCAGCAAGGCCGCCAAACAAGCGGUAGCUUUCUUGGAUUUUAUGUGAUGUAGUCAAACUUGUAACCGAAAAUAUCAGAACUUUCUUGGCCACCCUUCCACAUCGAGAGUCAUUUUGCACAUUUGUGAGAGAGCAUGGAGAGAAAUGUAACACGCACAGCGAGCCACGUGGUUUUACGCGACCUACUUGCCUCAUACGUUUAUUUCAUAAUGCAGUUUACAUGAGUUUUUCUUCACCGUAGCAUUACUUUUACAUAGCAUUCUUAUCCUAAUAUAAUUCUAAUAUAGUCACAACAAUCAGAUGAUUAUUGUUCCUUUUUAUUUCGUUUUAAUUGUGUGUAAAAACUCAGUGUUAUAAAAAAAAUCGUAUUUUACCAUUUCUCAUGAUAUUUUGAAGGAAUUUUAGAUAUUUUUGUCCACGCUUGACGAGUGAACUUUUUUUUUUGUUUCUAUUAUGGCGGUUUAAACCUUAAGAAGCAAGACACUUUGCAAGUGUAUGAGUAAUGUCAACAAUGUGUGCUUAAAAACAAAUUCCUGCGCUUCUUUUCCUGACUUUAAUCAAUAAAUCUUCCAUAUGGUUGAAAAACAAAUAAAUCAGUUAGGGGACGGGUAUAGCGUGAUGGGAUAGUCGUUGCCUUUCACGCAGCCCGCCUGGGAUCGAUUCCCAACCCCGCAUAUAGGGUCAGAAAGUUUUUCUGGACCGAAGAGGCGAAUGGACCUUAAAAUUAAAACCUCUAUAAUCGAAACAAAAAAAAAUUUCAGCUUAGAAUUGCAAUUCAAGAGAGUAGAAGAAAAAAUUUUAGUCUAAAACUCUUCCGUUUUCCUGAAAACUGUUCGAGAAAAAUUAUUUCAGUUUACUUCUAUUCACACAUUUGAUUAGCAACGCACACAUUUCUAUAAGGAUUUUCUCUUAGCUAUCUCGCAAAAUGUCAACCUUAAAAAAAAAUGUCAACCUUCAAUUUAACACGCAAAAGGCUGUGGAUACGAAAUGUUGUCGUAAAACUAUUUAUUUUUCCGGAAAACUGCUUUUCCAACAGAAAAUAUUUGGUUGUGUAGCGCGAUCUAAUACAAAUGCAUUGAAGCAGUGUAACCAACUUUUUUAUUAAGGAAUUAAAAUCUGCAUUCAUAAAAUGAAACCAAUUUUCCAUCAAACGUUGGUGAAAAAGUAUAAAGUAUAAAUUAUUGCUAAAAAAAGAUUGUUCUAAACUCAAUUGUUUCAGCCACUUUGAUAAACUGGUUGCACUGCAUAUUUAAAUACAUAGAUCUAUGACAUAUGUACCAAAUAAAAACUACGUAAUACACCAAUUACCAACACAAGUAAACUUGGUUUACAUUUGAUCCUUAAGGUUAUUCACCACUACGGGCCAGAAAACUGUCUAACCCAAAUGUGCGGGGUUGGGAAUCGAACCCCGGUGAGCUGCGUGAAUGGCAACGACUUACCCAUCACGCUGUUCCCGUCCCUCAAUGGAAAAAAAUAUAGUUUAAGAAUUAUUAAAAUCCAAGUCGGCGGCAUUCGAUUUAUGGAUAUUCUUUCGAAUCGCUGCAUAAUUUGUAUUUUUGAGACGGGUUUGACAAGUAAGCUAUUGAAACUGAUGUCAUAUUCAUUCCUAACUUAAAUUUAAGAAUCCUAGAUGACCCAAAACGAACUGCUAUGGAUUUUUUUUAUUUAAAAGAUAUUUUUUAUUCAGGUCUAUUUGCGUACAAGCUUUACGUGACCGAUUGUGCCGAUAUUUUAAAUAAUUUUUUUUUUUGAGUUGGAUCUCGUUGUCACCCUUUUUCUAGGGGAGAAGAGCUUCCAUUUCCCUCCUGCGAGGAUUGAGGGGCACUUCGUUCGUGGUUCGUCUCGUCAUCCAUUGCCGUACGAUGGUAUUGUUGUCGAUUUCCGUCUUCUUUUCGUUGCUAGUUGCUGUAGAUGCAUUUUGUUGUACAUUGGUUGCAAUUGCUAGUUGGUUGGAGGGUAAGUUGUUGGAUGAUGAUGGAUUCGUUGAAGGGGAUGCUUCAUUGUUGUUGGUGGCUGUCACAGGUGUACUGGGGUUGCUUGGAGUUGGUGUGAAGGAAGCACCGUUGUUCUUCGGUGUAGUUGUCUCAUUGUCCGGUUUAUCACAUGGCUUACCGUAGUGAACAGCUUUUUGGCAAUAUUGACAUGUGGCCAUCUGAUUGUCAUAGGUAGCAAGUGAUUUGCACGGAAUUCUUGUAUAUUGACCGAAAAUCACAUAAGAAGGUAUAGGCCUCUUCAAGUGUAUGCGUAAUAAACGUACGCCAUUUAGAAUACCGGAAAAAAAUUCUUCCACUUUUCUUUUUCGAUAGAGAAAAUCUCUCCGUAUUGGGACAUAGUUUUGCGAAUUUAUGAAUUGGUGACGCUUGAGGGAAGAUCAUGCACACGCGCUUCUAUAGCACUAUCUUCCAUAUAUACUGGAAUGUUGUACUUGAUGUUCUCGUGCUCCACAUAGUGCACAUUGUUAUUGUCUUUUGCGAAUUGAAUUGCAUCCAACUCUUUAUAAAACUGGAUGCAAACACCAUUAUUCGUCUUAUUACAUUGAAGUAAAUGCACACGUUUAAUGUCAAGAUGCAUUUGCUCCUUAAGCAAACCUUCGAGUUCGACUUUUGCACUGCCUGAAGUCAACAACAAUUGUAUUCUUUCGUGUCGGCGGUAGCUUUUGUUCGUUUGGUUCACUCAUUUGCAGGUCGUUUUAUUGUUCACUACACAAUACUGUACUUGUUUUUUUCUGUCCCGAACGUAAGCGGUUUUGUUUAAUCGACUAACUUGGAUGAGAUGUGAAACAGUUCGGUAUGGAUUUAGCUAAUUUAAAUUUUUUUUUAAGUUUAUUAAGGACCUUUUAACUAUCUAAUUUAAAUGAAUUAUUGAAUGAAUUUGAAUAUUGAAUGUUUAUUGUCAUCGUAAUCGGUCUGGUCUCCUACACAACCCUGUAGCUUUUUGCGCUCGUGUGUUCCGUUUUAUACUUUUGAAAUUCAGCAAGCGAAAUAAUUUGAAAAAAAAAUCACACAAUCAGUCAACUAGUACGUACGAUUAUCAAUAUUUACAAGUGUGAAAAUAGCACGUCAGUUUUAUUCAUAUUCACGUCACUCAAGUUAUGUCUCUGACAUUACCCAUCCGUCAUUGUCAAGGCCUUCAAAAUAGGUUUCGUUUUUGAAAAUAACCCCAAUAUUUGACGAAAAUUUUUCUCCCUGGAUAAACCUUUUCAGGUUUGGAAAUACAUAAUAGUCGCUGGGUGCCAGGUCUGGAGAAUAUGGAGGAUGGUGGACCAAUCCGGGUGGAUUAAAACUAGAACUUGUUUGACACGAUCAGCUGUCAUUCAAACACUAGUGGAUAGAUUGUCAUGAAAUUUGGUAUUGAUUCAUCUAGAGGUUUGUUUCAACAAAAAAUACACACGGUUCGAAACUAUGCACGUCUUUUCUGUGAAAGGCCCGGGACUUUUCAUUUCAUGUAGUACACUUAACGGAAUAGGAAUUUCAAACUAAAACAGAUGUUUACCGGGUCUCUUUGUAACCCGUUUUCUUGAGGGAGAUGUGUUCACAUUCUUCUUACUUGUGGUUUGAGGGGGGAAAUGGUUCGAUCGCAUCUUCGAUCAGUUUACCAUUGUUCUUGUUUUUCGCUUAAUCACAAAAGAUGUUUAUUUCAAUGCUUGUAACAUGAAAGAACCUCGGCAAUAACAUAACAAAAGUCUCACAUCUUUUGAACAAACUUUUGAUCAGUUUUUCUUGUUCGGACGGUUUUUGCUGAGUAACAACUACUUUUAACCGUGCACUGGUUUUUCCGUGAGUUGAUGCCUUAUUUUUUAACUCUUGCUGUUGUUCUUCUGUUGUAUUUCUUGACUCGUAUGGUAACAAUUGUACGAUUUGAAAAGCCCACUUCACUGGUGUGACAUGCAACAAGUUCUUCGUUUUCGAAACAGUUCCAUGGAUAACUGUACAACUUAUCGAAAAUCGAGGAUUGUUUCAUAUGUUUUAUAGUAGUAAUAUAUGUUAAGUGAAUAUCGGAUAAGAAACUGCUCGAACACUCAGUUUGGAAAAAAAAAAACGAUUUGAAACAUAACUCAGUUAUGUUUUUGGUGAAAUUUCACUAACAGUUAUGUGAACGAUUGUCUUAUUGGUAACAUAAGAUGAAUUUUGCGCUAAAUCGUAUUCAGAGCUGGAAUUCUACGAAAAAAAUACUUAGUUUUCUAUCUUCUCAAAAAUUGACUUUUAUUGAACUCUGAGAUAAUUAUGAAUUUCAUUGGUUUAGUAUUAGAUAAAAUUACACUGAAAAAAUCAGUUUGGACAAGGAAAAGUUUUUUUCUAAUAACUUUUUUUCCUCAAAAGUCCCUAAAUUUUUGACUGUAGGUAAAGAACAUAAUCUCCUAUUUUGUGACAAAACUACAUCCAAAUCAAAAAUGUUUUUUUGUUUUGACUUCAAAUUUUCAAAAACGAUUUCUUCAGUGUAGGAUUCAAUUAAAUUUUUUUCCAAUAUUGUUAUUUAAAAACUUCACUAAUUUUGUCAAAACCACUCAUACUACACUUUUUUGUAGGAUUUGUCAUUUUUCAACUAUUGUCAUUUGAAAAAAAGGGAUGAAAAAUAGUUUGCCCUUUUUCAAUUUUUGGAAAAACCAAACUAUGCGAAGUGUUUUUCUUAUUUUGCGACAAAGUCGGUACACGAAGAGCAAGUUCCAUUAAAAUCUGAAAAGUUCGAGUUAGCGCGAAAUUCGUCAGAGGGGCUUGAGCUUACUAUUCUAACAAUUGUUCGAUGGGUUAAAGAUUUCCAGCGCCAGUUCAUUGUCGUGACGUUAUUUUCCUCUAUCAAUGUCUUCGCCAGAAUGAUUGAGAGUUAUGCUCCUAAUCUUCGUGGUUGCUCUUCAGAAAAUCAAGACCAGCUUCAGGAUUUCAAGACCAUCAAUUUUAGUCGUUUUAUAGGCGGUUUAAUUCUGACCGUACAGUUCUAAACUGUGAAAACAGUAAAAAAAUGAGAAGCAAACACGAAAAAAUAAUUUUGCUUCAAUCACGAACCCAAUUCGUACAAUGUUUAACCUGUCUGAGAGCUAGUAGCGAUUUCAAGUUGGCGGGCAGAUAUUUCACUUUCGCAAUUUGAAAACGCCGUUGAAUUGUCUAAGUACUAACAAAAUAUUCCUCUCUUGUUCAUUUAAAUUUGGGCCCGACGAGUGCCGGAAACUGGAAUUUCUCAUCGAUAGAUCGACCAUUAUUUAUGGGUUGUUCAUGUUAAGCCCCAUUUGUUGUAGCCAUCGACGGCUUCGGGGACAUUGAAUCGUUGAAAGUUCGUCACAUGUUCGAGCCUCAACUUGGAACGAUUCUUUUAUUUUCAGUAGUUUCGCAGCACAAAACAUGCAACUGUCCUACGCAUAUAUGAUUCGGCUUCAUGUUCAAGUUUGGUGUCGAAAUAAAGUACCCAAACUAAGAUUUUUUCGUUUGAGUUUGACCAGAAUUGUCGAAUAUGGCAUGAAUAACAAAGCUUAGCAUAAAAAAAACAACUAUUUCUCAAGAAAUUUAAAAGCUGUCUUCCCCUCAAAUGACACGACUCGGGGUGACAUCACUGGUCUUUACAUUCUUGAAGUCUACCUUCGAUACAACACCCGGCGAACGACCGGAAAGAUUAAAGCCAGGUAGAAAUAAAUGACAUUAAUAAUAAUAAAUAUAUUUCUUAAAGACGGGGAAUAAAGCAACGUUACGUUUAAUGAAUAAAAAUAAACUUUUUUGUCCGAAAUAAAAGAUAUGAACUAGGAUGAAAACAGGCUCCAACAGGGCGGUACCACAUACCAUACUGCACACGAAACGAUGCAGCAAUUGAAAGGAGAGUUUGUUCAGAAUUGUAUUUUUUGUUUCGGAGCAGCCAAUUGGCCGUCAAGUUUGUUCAAUAAGGUUAUUUUUUGUAAGGUUAUGUCCAUAGAGGCAAUUCAAACACGAUUACUGUCUUUGAAGUAUGUAAAACAGUGAGGGCAAAAAAUUAACCAUUAGAGCUAACAACUUGAAGUAGCUGUGGGCAAUAUCUAACUGAAACUGUCGUCAAAAUAUAAUAUCAGGAAUUGAUAUCUUUAGUUCAAUUUGAACUGCUAUGCACUGAUGAGUCAAAGACGAAACGUAAACAUACUAGAAACGGUUAUGUGCCCUAGCAAAAAAAAAUUGUUUAAGCCUCGAACGAUCAGGGAUUGAUUUAUCGAUUCAAGUACAAAUUUCAUUCACUUUUGAACAGUUUUAAUACGUUCUUAUUAUACUUUUUCCUGUAAGUAUAUUCAUGAAAAAGUAACCAACUGAAGAAUAUUUGCUCGAAUAUCUUCAAUUUCUGAUGUACCUCCAAAAUAAAAACACUGUUACAAAACUCUAUGCAAACACUGUUUGCUAAUUUACUUAGUCAAAUGAUUCGAUUUUCCAACUGCAAACAAAACCACUUCCGAAUUCUGAAAAUCAUCCAAGCAUGCGAUGUCAAAUCAAUAUCCCACAUACAAACUGAUGCCGUUUUUUUUUGUAUUUAACACUUCACUUGUGUCGUGUAGCAUCGACUAUACUCACUCCUAUUUGGACAUAUAAUCAAGGCAUCCUUUUCUGCCCCAACACCGGUUUAGUGCCACCAUUGAAAACGAAAACACGAUGACAAAACGAAAGUGAAGGAUCAUUUGCGAGAACAUUAGCAACUUUCGUAGCUGACAGAAGAUCACCCAUUAUCAUUAUCAUCAUCAUCAGUAGACCAUCGAAACAAAUUUGUAAAUAUAAUCUUAAACUCUAAAAGAACCAAAGCAACGUUUCACACAAACAAGCAACAGUGAAUUUACUAACAAUGGGAUUGUUAAUUAGGUUAACUAAAGUUGACGAUUAUAAUUGUAUUACCGAACCGAAGCAAACAACCUUUAAAACAAUCCAAUUUCAAUAAGAUGAAAGCAAAAGAAUACAAACCUAUCAACGAUAGAGGCUAAACAAUAGCAAUUUCCAUAAAAAAAAAUAAAUAAAAACAAAAACACGGAAACCCAAAGGCGAACCCGUUGUGCCGAAAGAGAACAGACAAAACCUAAACCUUACUUCGUUUCCAAUAAUCGUUUUCUACUACAGAAAUAAAAUAAAUCAAAUGAUUCCUAGAAGGAACACGUUUCGUUACUUCAAAAGUACCGGUGUGCAGAGUUAUGUCAACUGUUGAACAUUUCGAAUAAUAAAAGCAAACUACUACAAUUAUCCCUGGCAGCAAGCGGGAGUAUGAACAUAAGAAACGGUGAUUGUAACAUAUUGAUUGUAAUUGAAUUUCUGAAAAUAAAACAAGAGAAAAUCUAGGUUAAGUCGAACUAAUAUGAAAUCAUAGCAGAUUAACAGGGAUGCGAUCCGCCUGUUCGGCGCAAGAUAAGCUGAAUGCUGGCUGAAUGAAGAAAAAAAAAUUAGAGCACUUUAAGAAAUCGUAGUUAAAUUAUUUAAUCAACUCUAUCAUAAUGAAAAUUAUGACAAUGGGACAGAUCAUGAAAAAUGAGAUUCGUAGAACAAAUAGGAGAAAAUGUUGGGUGAUUGUGAGAUUUAAAGAGUAAAAUAUAUGGUAUAUUUACUUAAUAAAUAAUUUUUGUUCUCUUUAUUUUGGAUGAAAAUAAACCUAGAACAUUUACUAGAUACACAUUGACACAGACAGACAGGCAAACAAUUGCGGUGGAAAUAGUCAAUCACUGUCAUCCUUGUGCGAGAGGAAACACAAUCUAUAAGAAAAGCAAAUCUAGAGACAGCACACUGAGAAAGAAAGAAUAAAAAUUUUCUUUUCGUAACAAAAUA